GCCGAUUUGGAAGCGACCGACGUCCCAAACUCAGUGUUGCAUUCUCUUCGCCACAACCAAGCCAGUAUCAAAAUGCGUUGGAUCCCCGGUCUUCUCAUGGCCCUUGGCGUGACCGUCGUCCAAGGACAAACGCUCAAUGCGGGUGUCUGCUGCAGCGUCGUCCGCAACUACGACUACUACGGCAACGACCUUGCGAGCAUCAAGGUGUCGGGCUCGGAGCAGGCGCAGCUCACGGCGUGCUGCGACGCGUGUGCCAACCAGGACGGCUGUGCCGGCUUUGUUGUCAACACCAAGACGUGCUACAUGAAGAGCAAGAUGGUGCAGUCCGGUGCCAAUGCCGGUCUCAUCGCGGCGUCGUACAUGUUUACGUCCAACACGUGCUCGACGCUCAAGCGCAACAUCGACUAUUCGGGCAACGACAUCAAGUCGUUUACCGUCAAGGGCGACGACCAAGCGCAAGCCGACCUCUGCUGUGAUGCGUGCUCCAACACCAUCAGCUGCAUUGGCUGGGUUGUCAAUGGCAAUACGUGCUGGCUCAAGAACAAGAUGGUCUACUCUGGGGACAACACGGGCUUGCUCUCGGGCAUGUACACGCAGCCCAAGAUCACGUCGGGUACAUGCGGCAGUCUUACCCAGGACGUCGACUUCAGCGGCAACGACAUCAAGAACUUUGCCGUGACGGGGUCGCCCCAAGAUCAGACCAACCAGUGCUGCGAUGCGUGCUCCAAGCAGGACGGCUGCGUCGGCUUUGUGACGUACAGCAACACGUGCUGGCUCAAGAAGGCGUGGGUCAAGUCGGGUGUCAAGCUCGGCGCGAUGGCGGGGACGUACACGGUGCCGUCGCUCUCCUCGUCUACGUGCUCGACGCUUGUGCGCGAUGUUGACUACAAUGGCAACGAUAUCACGAGCUUCACGGUCUCGGGCUCCGACCAAGCGCAAGCGGAUGCGUGCUGCGCCGCGUGCUCCAACACGAUCAGCUGCAUCGCGUGGGUGGUCAACACCAAGACCUGCAUCGCGUGGGUGGUCAACACCAAGACGUGCUGGCUCAAGUACGCGGUUGCGCCGGCCACGACCAACAAGGGCUUGAUCGCUGGCCAGUAUUCGCAGCCGGCGAUCUCGUCCGGUACAUGCGGCAGUCUUACCCAGGACGUCGACUACAGCGGCAACGACAUCAAGAACUUUGCUGUGACGGGAACUCCGCAAGAUCAGACCAACCAAUGCUGCUCCGCGUGCUCCUCCACGCUCGGCUGCAUCGGCUUUGUCACGCACAGCAGCACGUGCUGGCUCAAGCACGCGUGGGUCAAGUCGGGCCCCAAGUUCGGCGCUAUCGCGGGCACGUACGCGGCGCCGCUCCCGACGUCCAAGACCUGCUCGGCCAUUGUCAGUGGUGUCAACUACCCUGGCAAUGAUAUUGCCACGUACGGUGCCGCCGGCUCGGUCCAGAGACAAGCCGACUACUGCUGCUCCACGUGCUCGCAGACGAUCGGCUGCGUCGGCUGGGUGCUCAACAACGACGUGUGCUACCUCAAGAGCAACAACACGUGCUGGCUCAAGAACGCCUGGGUCAAGUCGGGUGUCAAGCUCGGCGCGAUGGCUGGUACCUUUACGGCGCCGCUCCCAACAUCCAAGACGUGCUCUGCCAUCACUCGUGGCUUCAACUACCCUGGCAACGAUAUCACCAGCUUCACCGUCACUGGUGUGGACCAGGACCAAGUCGACAAGUGCUGCUCUGCGUGCUCCAACACCAUCAGCUGCGUCGGCUGGAUCGUCGCCAGCAACAAGUGCUGGCUCAAGAACAAGAUGGGCCCCGCCAACGCGCUUGCGAAUGCACUCUCGGGCCAAUGUUGA